AUGUUCAAGAAUUUGUUAAUUCAAUCAUUAGAAUGUAGAGAGAAAAAUUAUUUAGCAUCAUGCGCAAAAAAAGAAAAGUUUCCAUUUUUUAAAAGUAGAAUUUACAAUAAUGAAAAUAUAUUAGUACAUAAUAAUAAGUAUAAUUUAUGUAUAAAUAGUAAAUAUGGAAAAUACAAAAGAACGAAUAUAUAUUUGAUGAAUUAUAAAGGAUUUAUAAGUGUUGUAGAUAAAUAUGUGGAUUAUAAAAAAGAGUCACCUUCUGAAGAAGAAAAACAUUAUAAGGAGGGAAAAAUAAAUAUAAAGAAUAAUAUGAACUCUAUAGAGAAAAUAUUAGAUGAAACAAAUUCAAUGAUAUAUAUAAAUGACAUUUGUUUAAAAAUGGAUCAAAAUUUAUUGAAGUGUCAAAAUUAUGAGGAUGUCCUUUCUAUUCUUAUUACACAUAGAGGUGCCUUAUUUUUACAAAAUUUGAUUACUGCAAUUCGUAUGUUGAGUGGAUUUGUAAUUGAACAAAAGAAGGAGAAUUUAGAAAAGGAUAAGUUGAAUAUGGUAAGUGAUUAUACUAAAAAAUAUACUACGGAAGAGAAUGAGAUGGAUAAAAAUAUAAGAUAUGACAUUUCUGAUUAUAAGGAUAACCAUAUGAUUGACAAUAAUAAUAAUGAAGAUAUAUCAUAUAAUAAUAAUGAAGAUAUAUCAUAUAAUAAUAAUAAAGAUAUAUCAUAUAAUAAUAAUAAAGAUAUAUCAUAUAAUAAUAAUAAAGAUAUAUCAUAUAAUAAUAAUCAUGAUAUAUCAUAUAAUAAUAAUAAAGAUAUAUCAUAUAAUAAUAAUAAAGAUAUAUCAUAUAAUAAUAAUCAUGAUAUAUCAUUAAAUAAUAAUCAUGAUAUACCUUAUAACUACACAGGUAUUGAAAAGAUAGAAAAUAAUCUAAUUGAAAGAUAUAAAAACAUAUUUGAUAUAUUAAAUAAUAAAGUUUUAGUAGAAAGUGAAAUGAAUACACAAGGAAAGAAAAGGAAACUUGAAGAUAUUAUUGUAUUAGAUGAAAGAUUUCAUCUUCUCAUUGAUGAUAUUUAUAAAAAUCGGAAACAUUUUGAUGUUUUAUCUAUUUGUCAUAUUUUGAUAUCUUUAAAAGAGUUAAAUUAUAAACAUUUCCUUUUAUUUAAUUCUUUUGUUAACCCCUUAAAAAAUUUUGAUAUAUAUAUUAAAGAACAAUUUUCAAAUAAUCAAAAUUUCUCUUUUAUUUGUUCGACCAUACAAUUAUUACUUGAAUGUUUUAAUACAUAUAUAUGGGCAGGGUAUUAUAAUUUAAAUAUAUAUAACAAAUUAAUGAACUCAAUUUUGUUAAAUAAAUUUAUAUAUAUAAAUAAAAAUACAAUAUAUACACAACAUUAUGACCAGCUAAAAAAUUACACAUAUAUGAACUAUGAAUAUAAUAUAAAUUAUCCAAUGGCAAUAAAAGACGUGCUACAUUUUUUUGAUAUAAAUGAAGACUUUUAUUAUAUUGGACAUGUAAAAAAAAAUAAUGAUAAUGCAUAUGAUUCUAUAAAUGAAUUAUAUACUUGUGAUAAAAAUCAAAGUGAAGAAAAUAAAAAUAAUAUGAAUAAUAUAAUAUAUCAGAAUAAUUAUGAGAAAGCAAUAGGUUUGAAUAAAAAUAAUAUUGAUAAUGAUAUAAAUAAUGAUAUAAAUAAUGGUGAUAUAAUAAAUAAAAAAGAGAGUGUUUUAAAUAUGGAUUAUAUAAAAGGAUCGAAAUCAAUAUUUUACAGCUUGUGCCCUAUAUUUUUAAGUCUUGAAUUAUUUUUGAAAAGUAUAGAAAUAUACAAAAGCAUAUAUGUAUAUAAUUCUUUAUUUUUUAUGAUUGCUGAAAAGAUGGUUUAUUAUUACACUCAAUAUUUAAGUCCAUCAUGCAUAAGUAUGAUAUGUGAAGCAUUUUCUAGACAUCGGAUUUUCAGCAUAGAACAUGAUAGACUUUUUUGUCAUAUAUCAAAAUUAGUUGAAAAUAAUUUUGAAAAGUUUUCUUUAGAACACUUAUAUAUCAUUUUAUCUUCAUUUAAAAAAAUGAAUCUCUUUUUCGAAAAAUGUAUUAUUUUAGUAUGUAAAAAGUUUAAGAAACAUUUUUCCUCAUGCUAUAUAAGAAGACAAGAAUCUAUAUUAUCAUUAAAUGAAAUAUCAAUUUUAAUGGAGAGUAUAACUUUUUUUAAUUUUCAAAAUAAAUAUAUUGAUGAAUUUAUUGUUUCAUGUGUAAAUUAUUUAGAAGAUUAUAUAGAUGACAUUGAAGAAGAAACCUCUAUAAAUAUUUCGUACGCAUUAAUAUUAUCUAAUAUGGUUGAUAUUAAUCCAUACUUCUUUUCAUUUAUAUGGAGAAAAAUAGGAAAAACAACUUACUGGGAAAAACGAAAAACUCAAAUUUGUUUAUUAUGGUUAUCACAUAUGAUACAAUUUAAAUGGUUAGAAUAUGAUUUACCAAAAUUUUGUGUUUUAGAAUGUUUAAAAGUUUUUUAUUUAAAAAGAAAAGAAAAGAAAUUUUCCAAUUCAAAAAUUAUUCAAAACAUAUCUAAAAUAUUAAACAAUAUGAAUAUUGAACAUGAUAUAUAUGUAGAUAUAUAUGGUCCAUAUAUAUUAGAUAUUUUAAUAAAAAAUACAAGAAAUGUCUUAAUGCUUACGCAAGAUACCACAAGAAAUGAAAUAAAUAAAGAUUUAGGUGACUUCAAAAUUAUUUUAAAUCAUUUAAAAUUAUUUGGAUAUAAAGCAAAACCUAUUAAUACCAAAUAUUUUGAUUCUCUCUCUGAUGAAAUGAAAGAAAAUUAUAUUAAGGAUGUCUUAAUGAAUUUUUAG